UCCUCUUUAGCCUCUUUUAUCUCUCUGGCUUUCUGCAAAAUCGCACUGAAAGCCCUAAGCAUUGUGAGAUCCAACAAUGGGAAAUUGCUUGAAGCCACAAUCCUCGAAGAAACGUGCCUACGAUGCCGAAUCCGAGGACGUCGAGGACUGGAGUUGGACGACGCCGGCGGCGGCGGCGGCGGCAGGGAGGGGAAAGGAGGGAGUUUAUUCGACUAAGAACGGGGGCGAUUUCUCCGGUAAGAUAACGGAGGUGAAGAUCAAGAUCUCGAAGAAGCAGUUGGAGCAACUGCUCAGUAAAAUGGAGGAGGUGAAGGAUCUGAGGGUGGAUCAGGUGAUGACGCAGUUGAUGAGCCACAGAGGCCAUGGAUAUGAGGUUUAUCAGAACCAACGGCCAUGGAGGCCUGCUCUGCAGAGUAUUCCAGAGGUGAAUUGAGUGCUUUUAGGGUUUGGAUUUUGAGGGAGACGGAGUGGAGAGAAUUGGCCUGCGAGAUCAAUCCUGCUUCUUCUUCUUCUUCUUUUUCUUGUGGAUUUGGUUGGAAUUUUUUAGGGAGAUUUCAGAAGGAUUGCCCUCGGAUUUUGGUCUGUGUAUAUUGGGGAUCCUUGUUCUGGGUUUGUGAUAGAGCUGGCUACAACCUUCUUUUUUCGUCUCCUCCCUGUACUGUACACUAUUGGAUUUCAAUUUUUCUUCUUCUGUGAACUUUUUGUGAAAUUGAAUGAUCUCAAUUUUUACUCCUA